UCAAUAUUUUUAAAAUACAUAAUAUUUCAAUAAGAACCGAAAUAUGUAAAGUCUCUUAACUUUGAUAUUUCUAUUUUUUAUUCUUAACCAACCUACGAGUAAUUUCUCUAUCUUUCCUUAUACAGUUCAUAAAAUUAUAUUUAUUUUGGAUUUGAUGAUGGCUUUUCGAAUUUCCUAUUUCUUUGACUUUUAGUCGGCAAUGGUUUGCAUCAGGAUUACUUAGUCUAGUUUACGCGAACGUAUAACUACUUAAAAAAACAUUAAUAUUUAAUAUACAUUCGGCUAUUCCCCGAGCAAGUCUUUAUUCAAUGGAACCCUCAUUUUGCUUGUUACACAAAAAAAGCAUGAAUAUAACCCUAGAUAUUUUUCAAGGCUAAUGAUGCUACCCUGUUGAGUCUAAUAGUGCAAUUCCUGGACGUAUCUAGACAUAUAUGGUAAGUAGGCAUAAAGACUAACCGCUAGGAACUGGGCAAUAACUAUUGGUCGUGUCUAGAGAGCUACGGCAUACCACUACCAUGAACAUUCAGAGCAAGACUGAUGUUAAUGAGGAAGCGAAACAGCGCACUACACGUAAAGCGCCAUCUCGCAUCCACAAUCAACAGUGUUAGUGUAGGAUCUGGGGGUAGGCUCCUAGGUCAGUGGCGAAUACUUGUUUAUAUGCAUUAUUAAAAGUGUAACCCGAGUCCAGGCUCCUCUCCUACACACUUUAUGAAGUUGAUUGCUCAGUGAAAGUACUUGAUUAUAUACAAGUAAGUAAUGGCUACAAUUAGGAGGGGAAAGUCGGGCCUAUUCGCUUUUACGAGCGGAGUAAACUAACAAUUGAUGAAGAUGUUAAAUUUAAACAAAGGCUUGGUAAUCAAAAUUAAGUAUCUGCCUAGUAUUUUUCGGUAAUAGUCUAUUUAUUAUGUAGAGAAAUGAGAUAAUAAGUUGUAUUACGAAUAUAAUUGGUGGUAUAACUUAGCUUGGGUGAUGAAAGUAGUCAAAUAGUUGGAUUUAGGACAAUCGAGUGUCAAUACUGAGCUAUAUACGUUACCUCCCUGCAAUAAGUAUUUAAUACAUUUGUGCACCGCUGCAAGCAAACAAAUAUAAAAUCUCAUUUUUUUUAUCAUAAUCUAAUUCCCUUUCUUAAAGUUAUGGAAAAUAUGAGGAAUAAUAGAGAAAAAAACAACUUUAAAAUCAUUUUCAUCUCAUUUAUUUCUGCCAUGAUAACGUAAAUUCUAAGCAUACAAAAAUAUCAAAAGUUAAGAGAGCUAUUCAAAUCCCAAGUUCUUCCACUGUAUCAAAGAAUUUGUAACAUGUAUUCAUAGUAAUAAUCCCAAUAUAAAUAUCAGAUGCCAAUACAAAAGUUGUUUAAAUCAAUUCGACGUGAAAUAUUGAACAUAAUAGCACCAUUUCUUAGUUAAAAUCACGUAGAGCACAAUAACGGUCGUGUUCGGUUAACGUUACCAUAAAGGCGGUAAUUGUUAAUUCGACACAGUUCUGUGCAUAAAUCACAUCUAGUUGCAGGCAGAGAGGCGAAUCUGUACAAUUUAUAAUACAUUACCGUACGCAGUACGCCGGCCGAGUACACAAGACUCUCGCAUUCUAAACACAGGAAGCGAUUCUAGAUCGCAAAUUCAAUGUCAUUAGCGUCGCUCUACCAACCGUUUCAAUACCAGAUCGACUAAUAUCCCAUUUUUGUCAUAAAUCUUCACAACAUUUAAAUACAAACAAGUCCGUAUUUGUGAAAUUUUCAAUAUUUAUUCGUGUUUAAUAUUCUGAAGUCCUAUUUCCUAUGGUUUAUGUAAAUAAUGAUCUUAGCUAACUUACUGUCACAGAUUUAUCUUGCGAAAUAAAUUCUUGCCGAUUUAUUCGUUGUCCCUGCCGGAUUAUACCUGACAAAAGCUGUUUAAGCUAUUAUCUGGCAUAAAACUAAUUGCUUUCUAUUUUGCAACCUUAUCAUUAUUACUCUAUACUUUGGACUCCAUAAUUUUAUUACUGUUAAUGUUAUCGAUUUAAAGGUAUGUAGUUAUUUUACGCACUAAUACGCUCGCCACAAACUAUUUUUAAGAUUCGUUAGCGAAAAAUUGGAGCCUUCAGCCUUGAAAUUGCAGCGUUCGCGUUGUUUUGAAUUGCGAUUCAGUCAGCUGUCGGCACAUGCGGACAAAGCACGCGCGCCGCGCGCGCAAGCCGCCUCGCCUCCGUCGAUCUUUUCGCGCGUUUCGAAAUAAUAUCGAGCGAAUUUAACGUCUUGCAUUAAUCUGAGUAAACAUAAAAAUGUCGUAAAAAGUGUAUGUGAUUACUUUUAAAUUUGUGUUUUCGGUGGGUAUUGUUAAAGUGAAUAGUAUUUUUUUGUGAACCGUGCAUUGUGACCCGAUCAAUCACUUCAUUGUUUGAUAUCUUAUUGUGUUGCUAACUACACGUCAAUCUGUCAGUUAAUCGACAUAAGUGAUGCGUUUAAUGGAAAGCAUUAAUUAACGAAUUUGUGUCAAAAGUGUUGUGUUUAUUCGGAAGUGUUUGGACGUUAAACUUGUUCUAUUGGACCGGAGACAUCGCGGUUGCUAAAGGGGGAAACACACAUGUCCCCCAAUAAUGAUUCCGAUGAUAGUGCGAGUGUGGUGCGAGAGCGGCGCAGGUUGGGCGCCGACUCCCGUGCCGGUGACGCCGCACACGACUUGCCGCGAUGUGUUGGACUGUUGUCGGGAGCCCGGCGACGAACCCUGCUUGCUGUUCAGCGUGCACCCCACUCAUGGAGUGCACGUGCUGCGCGAUACAGAACUGCCUCUGGAAGUGGCCUCAGCGUUGGGACCUGACGUGCAGUUUGUACUCAAGUAUAUCGAAGAGACGGGGAGCACGGAUAAGAGCAAUGGUAUGAAGGAACCGGGAUCACCUGAGGAAUUGUUGGGGGAAGGGGUGGAGCUGACUUUGGGCGAGCUGCGCGCGAUGGCGCUGCGCCAACAGCAGCAGAUCGACACACAGCACCAGCUGCUCUGCGCCAAGGAGCAGCGGCUGCGGUACCUCAAACAGCAGGAGGCUAGGCAACACCAGGUGGCGGUAGAAGGCGAGCGGCUACGCAGGCUACGCGAACGCGUAGAGGCGCAAGAGUUGAAGUUGCGAAGGCUACGAGCACUACGGGGACAGCUCGACCGAAACAAGCAAGCGAAUAUCGCACUUACUAGCGACCUAGAAUCAAUACGAGCGCUCUUCAAUGAAAAGGAAAAGGAGUUAUCAGUCGCUGUGGCCAAGGUGGAGGAGCUGACGCGGCAGCUUGAGGAGUUGAGGAGGGGGAGAGUCCAGCCCGCGCCCCCGUCAGCGCACGAGCUUGACAAGCUGCGACGCGAGUUAAUGGUGAGUUCUGAAUACCGAAACAAGCUGAACGAGCAACAGAACGGCAGGCUGUCGGCGCAGAGGGCAGCACUGGGCGCGCGGCAGGAGGAGAUGCGGAGCAUCGACCGCCGCGUGUCCGAGCUCCAGGCAAGACUGCUCAGGAAGCGGGCCUUGAACAGGCAGCUGGCGGCAGCUCAUCGACAACCGCAGCAACAGAGAUCAACCAAUCCAACGCCCAUGCAACAGUUACCAAGCUACGCAGCUGGUAACACCGGGGUAAACAGUCAACCAAAGAACCAACAAGCCCGAGGGAAUGUUGCUGCUGUUGAACCCUAUAAUCACGUACCGCAUGCUCAGAGCGUUAACCAUAAUGCUAAUUUCCAGGCUAUGAAGCAGAAUGUAAUACAAAACAACGUGCCAUUAAAACAACACACUCAAAGCGACAAUAUUCAAAGCCAUAUGACGCAAGAAGCGCAUUACUUACAACAAAAACAAAUGAUUAAUCCUUUGUUCAAUGGCUACCCUCACAAUCAGGGGCUACAAGAAAACCAAUAUCCAGGGCAAUACCCGAACAAGCACGAUAACUUUAGUCAUGUGCAGCAAGGCAUCGGGAAUGCUUACGAUCAGAAGUCGAUGCUUGAUCAAAACAAAUAUAUGGAUUAUUUAAAACCACCGCAGUACAGUCCGAAUAGCACUAGCAGUUCAAACAGCAAUCAAACUGGAAAAGAUCUGAAAAUAAACGAACAAGAAUUCCUCCCAGAGUUUGCUGCAAGCAAAUCGGAUCCUAAGUAUCAAACGUUGCCUUACAAUACGAAGUUCCCUCAAAGUACGAACGGGAAACUAAAACCCGAAGUCAACGGUAAAAACAGCGAAAACCAAGACUCGAAGAACGCUAUCAACGUAAACCACAUGACUGUUCAUUCUACACCAUUAUCGGUUGUGAAUAAGAGUCUAGCUACACCUCUAAGUCAAACGGAAUCUACAUAUCAGCAAGAUAACACAUAUCAGUUGCAAAAAUCUGACUCUUCUAGUAGAUGUAAUCAGGAAGGGAAGGAGAAUCAUGCAUAUCCUCAGAAUAGGCUAAGUCAGAGUAAUAGUCAGAACAAUGAUCCUUCUAAGGGUACAGGGAAAGGUCAGCAGGUGAUGAAGGGCAGCUCACCAAGCUUGGGCUCCAGUACAACAUCAGCCAGCAGUUCUAUUGGAUUUGGGAAACCUGUAUCGAGUGUAGCACCCACAUCAGUUCAGGUCUCAAGCGGGAAACCAUCACCCAUUUACCAGACAUCCUCCACAAAGAUCCAACCGGUCCAACCGCAGACCGUUCAGACCCAAAGCAUCACUGUAUCAUCAUCAAAUCAUGUAGCUAGUAAUGUGGUGACCUCCCAACCCCAGAUCGUUAGGAACACGGCGUCAGGGCUGUCUACAAGUACGGGAAGUUCGUUCGCCGGCCAGAAUGCGUCUUCACAGAGCAUCUUGUUGUCACCGCCUCAGAGUGCCAGCACACCACUGUCCACACCGGACGUUAGCGGUACUGAUAAGUCCCCCAAACCAGCCCUACCUCCAAAGCCAACUAUUAAGACACCACCGAGACAGUCUGGCAACAAUGAUGUUGGAUUCAAUCAAACUGCUGAGAAUGUCACACCUAUGCCCACCAUCCCCUUGCCAACAGACUCGUCAAACGACAGCGAGCAACAAAUGCAGAAGGAGUCUGCCAGCAGUACUAGUAGCAAUGAAAUGAUAAUCAAAGCUCGCCCACUAACUAUAAGAAAACCACCGAUGAGCGAACAGCCUAAAUUAAGAAAUGUUAGUAACACCAAAAAUGGGAUCAGUGUCAGCAUAAACCGACGCAUAGAGAUGCCGCCAGCAUUUUUAUUCCCCGAAAUGGAUCACUUAGUAGAUUCUACGCCUAAUGAAAACGGCCUAAAAGAUAAGAAGCAGAAGGAUGAAGUUGAUAGAGCGUUAAAUAAUAAUAACAUAUCAGUUGCGCAGGAUGAUAGCAAGGAUGUUGUAGUGUCAGAUAUAACGGAGCAGAUAAGCUCGGUAGACUUGAACGGUCAGGAUUCUCAGGGCACUGAGAAUGUACUGAGGCGAACUAAGAAGGGCAACUUGAAGCAAGGCGGAAAAGCGCCGCUAGCCAGAAGAGUUAGCUUCGAUCCCCUCGCGCUGCUGUUGGAUGCUAGUUUAGAAGGAGAGUUGGAGCUUGUCAAGAAAACGGCAACACAGGUGCAGAAUGCAAGCGCUGCAAAUGACGAAGGGAUCACUGCUCUACACAACGCUAUUUGCGCAGGGCACUUCGAAAUCGUUAAAUUCCUGGUUGAGCUCGGUUGUGACGUGAACGCGCAAGACUCAGACGGCUGGACGCCUCUGCAUUGCGCCGCUUCAUGUAACAACCUAGCCAUGGUGCGCUUCCUCGUCGACAAUGGCGCGUGUAUAUUCGCAACCACGCUGUCUGACCAUGAGACGGCGGCAGAGAAGUGCGAAGAAGACGAGGAGGGGUUCGACGGAUGCUCCGAAUAUCUUUACAGCGUACAAGAGAAGCUGGGCAUAAUGAACGGCGGCCUGGUGUACGCGGUGUUCUCGUACGCGGCGGCGCGCGCGGACGAGCUGUCGUUCAGCAGCGGCGCGCGCCUGGCCGUGCUGCGCAAGGGCGACGACAGCGAGCGCGAGUGGUGGUGGUGUCGCGACGCGCGCGCGCGCGAGGGCUACGUGCCCAGGAACCUGCUCGGGUUAUACCCACGAGUAACCACACAGCAAGAGUAAUAUCUUGAAUUAUGACCUGAUUAAUUUGUAAAUAUCUAUUAGUUACUUUUAUUUUUUAUGUAUUUAUAUCAUUGUAAUCUAAAAGUAACGACGCUGUAUACAAUUUUAUCAAAUCUAAUAUUUUGUAAAUAUUUAACUGUGUAAGUCAAAUGAAUGAGAUUAUAUUGUACAUUUUAUAAAUAUUUUGAGUCAUCACUGAUAUUAUUGGUCAUAAAAUUUGUAUAUCUUAGUUCUGCAGAUGUUGUGAACACAUAAACUGACAAUACAAAUAAUUAUGAAGAAUUA